AUGGACGAAACCCAACCAUUGCUUCGAAAUGCGGUUCACCCCGAGCACCGCCCGGACAAAACCGUUCGGCCAACAGACAUCAUUGAUUUCGACCCCAACGGCGACCCGGAAAACCCCAGAGAUUGGCCGAAUCACUACAAAUGGGGGAUCGUGGCUUUGUUGGCCUUUAUGGCAUUUACAGUGACUUUCACCUGCAUCUCGGUCGUGCCCGUUGCAAACCGGAUUGUACACGAUCUCAAUGGCACAAGUAGCAAGUCCGCCAGCGUCCUGCUAGUCACGAUAUGGGAACUUGGCGAGGCGUUCGGCCCCCUCGUGCUCGCACCGCUGUCGGAGUCGUUUGGGAGAUAUCCAGUCUUCAAUGUCGCCAACGUGCUGUUCAUCUCCGCCACGGUGCUGGCGGCAUUGUGCCAAAGCACGCCGCUCUUCAUCGCCGCACGGGCCUUGACGGGCGUGGCGGUCGCUUCGAAUGUGCUCAACCCAGCCAUUGUCGGCGACAUGUUCGUCUCGGAACAGCGCGGGUCGGCCAUGAGCCUCGUCAUGAUGGCACCCCUGUUGGGAGGCGCCAUCGGUCCUGCCAUCGCGGGCGCCAUCGCCGAGACCUUGGGCUGGCGUCAGGUCCUCUGGGUGGGCGUGAUCUUGGCCACCGCCUGUGAGGUGACUUUCCUCACCUGUUUCCGCGAAACGUACAAAGUGGCCAUCCUCAAUCGCCGAGUGGCCCGGUUGAGGAAGGAGACAGGUAAUCUCGCGCUUCGCACCGCGGUCGACGUGGACGACGCCGAGGCGAACGUGAAGGGACCCACGAAGCUGUGGGACUCGAUCCUGCGACCCUUUGUCGUCUUCUUCGACUCGGGCGUCCUGCAGGCUAUGUCCGUCUUCGGAUCGAUGGUGUAUACCUACUUCUACGUCAUGUCGACGACGCUGCCCGACAUCCUGGAGGGGAUCUACGGCCUCUCACCCGCCCUGACGGGGUCGACGUUCAUCAGCUUCAGUGUCGGUUCCUUGGUAAGCGUCGUCAUUUGCAACUUUUUCCUCGACAGAAUCUACAUCCGGCUGCGCGAUACCCACAAAGGCUCGCCGGUCGGGGGACAGCCCGAGUACCGACUCCCGCUGGCCAUCGUCGGCGGUUUUACGCUCCCCCUCAUGGUCGCGCUGUACGGGUGGACGGCCGACCUCCGCCUGCCGCUCCCGGUCUUGAUCCUCGUCCUCGUCCUGCUCGGGGCCGCGCUGAUGCUCGGCUUCAUCCCGCUGAUGGCCUACGUGGUCGACGCCUUCAAGCUGUACUCUGCCAGCGCCAUGACCGCGCUCAUCGUCACGCGGUGCCUGAUGGGCACGUUUCUCCCCCUCGCCGUCGAGCCCCUGGUCAAGGCCGUGGGGUAUGGCGGGGGGUUCACCAUCUUGUGCGCGUUGAGUCUUGCCACCGCGCCGAUCCCCGUUCUCAUCUUCCGCUACGGUGCGAAGUGGAGGAGGCGGUCGACGUAUACAGAAGACAACUAA